UUUAUGAAGUUUAAAACUCCCCCGUUUUAUAGCCGAAUGAAUAGUAUACUUUGAAAACUAUGGUUAUCAGAGAGAGUGGACUCAACAACAACCCUAUUGUUCUCAAUUUCAGUGAAACUAAGUCGAAACAUAGUCCAACAACAAACAACAUGGAUUCUUCGUCACUCACCAACACUCCUUUCCAAGUCAACCUUAGUCCCUCCUCAGAAAAUCAUCAAGCAGUAACCGAGUUUGAUUUCUUUAAGGAUUACAACAACAAUGAUCAUACUAAGGUUGUUGUCUCUCCAUCUGCUUAUGCCGAUGCUGCUGCCUCUGUCUUUGACAUUGAUCGUACCAACGUGCCAUCUUUUCUGGAUUUCAAACUAUGCCUUGGCACUGGUCUCGAUCUCAGUCUCAAAGCUGUUGCUACCAAUGAUGCUGCUGGUGAUCAAGAUGAGGAUAACCUGUCAUCUAAAUCCGAUGACGAAAACACUAAGAAUGAGAUGGCUGUUCUUCGAGGCAAGCUUGCUCGAAUGAAAAAGGAGAAUGGUCGAUUGAGUUUGAUGGUUGAACAGCUUCAAACAGAUUAUGAUAUGCUGCAGAUGAAUUUUGAGAAAGUGAUGCAAGGCGAGAAGGCUGAGGAAGUCGAAGAACAAGAAGGGUUUGAUGGAAAAAUUGAAAAGAAAAGGAAACUUGAGGAUGGUGAAGCAUCGGUUCCGAGAGAUCUUUUGAAGCUUGAAUUGGCUAUUAAUGCUGAUGUUGAGAUCGAUCCUGAGCCCUCUUCUUCAAGAACAUUGAGUUCUGAUCGAUUGGAAUCCCCACCGGAGAAGAACAUUGAAGUUUCUUCGACGGAGUUAGUCCUGAGUAAGAAUGGGAACGCGAGUGACGAAGAAAAGGAGGAGGAUGGUAAAGAGAUUGAAAGAGAGGAUAGUCCAAUUCCUCAUGCUGAGAGAAUUCAAAGGAUGAGUCCUCCGAACUAUGCCCCAAAUUUUGUUGAUGCUGAUGCUACCUCGAGGAGAGCAAGAGUUUCUGUUAGAACAAGAUCAGAGGGAAACACGGUUUCUGAUGGAUGUCAAUGGAGAAAGUAUGGCCAGAAAAUGGCAAAAGGUAACCCGAGUCCUCGUUCUUAUUAUAGGUGCACUAUGGCUGCUGGUUGUCCGGUUAGAAAACAGGUACAAAAAAGUGCUGAAGACAAAACCGUGGUAGUUACAACCUAUGAAGGAUACCAUAACCAUACUUUACCUGCAGCAGCCAGGGAAAUGGCGCACACAAUUGCAGCAGCUGCAAGAAUGCUUCUUUCCGGAUCAACCUCAAGCAACGACGCAACAAUGAAUGCGGGUCUCCUCCGAAGAGCAACUCUCCUUGGUUCUUCGAGCCUCGCAACUAUCUCAGCUUCUGCUCCGUUUCCAACCAUAACGCUCGACUUUACUCAACCUCCGAAUCCUCAACAACUCCAACUGCUUCGAAACCAGUUACAAGUUCCUUUGCCUCAGAUGCUGAAUCAGGUACCUUAUAACCAAUCAACAUUUUCUGGCCUACAAUUGUCGCAACAAAAUGUUGCUGGCACAGUUUCUGCUGCCAUUGCUGCUGAUCCAAAUUUCACUGCAGCUUUAGCAGCGGCUCUUUCUUCCAUGGUCGGUGCUGCGCAACCGAGCGACAACAACGCUACAAAUAACGAUGGCGGCACAGCAAGCAACAGCAAUGGCAAUGUCACAAGUAGCAGCAUUAAUAAUAAUAAUAAUGAUGGGAAGGAAUGAAAUCUGAGGUUUAUUUUUUCUUGUUUUGGGCUCAAGGUUUUGAUGCACUUUACUUGCUUCAUUUAUUUUCCAUUUGAGAUUCAGGAAAGUACUUAUAUUUUACCUAGAUUUCAUUUUCUUUGGGAUGGAUAUUUAAUGUUAGUCGUUAUAUGAUCUUUCUGUUGUAUACCUAGAUUAUCUCCCAUAUCUUUUGUCUUGCGUAUUUUGAUUAUGGGAUGUUUUUUCCUCAAAUAAUAUAACUGCUAAAGUUUUAUGA